AGAACACCGCAAUGGGAAGGGUGCCAGCGAAGUAAAACAAACUUGGUCAAUCCCAUCCUUUCACACACCUCUUUUCCCCUUUGGAACACGCGCUCAGCCAUGGCCGCCAUCCACACCGUCUCCGCCAACCAGCUCCCCGUUGCCAUCGAGUGCAACGACGGCCGCCUGCUCUUCGUCAACGUGGCGCGCGACGCCACCGUGGCCGGCCUGGAGGACACCGUGCGCGCCGCCCUCAACGGCAAGAAGCUCUCGCUCAUCAUCGACGGCUGCACGCCCGCCGCCGGCACCGCGCUGCGCGACAUCCACGAGAGCUGCAAGCGCGCUGACGGCUUCCUGUACGUGGCGGUGCGUGCGGAGAGGGCCAUGGGCAACCUCGCCCUUCCCUGCUUCGCCAGCGAUACCAUUUAA